AUGCCGCCCUCACUGCUCUGGCGUCGUAGGACGUCGACUCCCUUUUUCCCUGGCGCGUGGCCCAAUUCGUCCUCUUCGGUCAACAACACGAUCGACGAAUCUCGCAUUCGCGACGAGACUCCUCCACAGCUUCCAGAAUUGUUACAUAUUCGCCCACGAACGAAAUUACAAGAUGAUGACCCCAGUGCAAGUUAUUCGACUGAUGCCGCUGAACGAACGUGGCUAUUUUCGACGGCGCUAGAGACACAUCCCUUCGAGGAUACAGUCGUCCCAAACGUCGACGUCGACGAUGUCCUUUCAUGUUCUGCAACUCAUGAUACUCCAUUAAAUGCUAGCUUCUCGCCGUAUUCAAAUUUCACCGAACCUUCGGACUCCGAGGGGGUCCUUACCCCCGACUCACUAUAUCGAGAGCCUUGUCAAUGGUCGGCCUUUCAGAGAGAUUACUCCGAGAGCAACAAUAAUGACGUAUAUCCGCAUUUUACGAUUCAAGAUAACGCCCAUUUCUCUAGCAAUGUUCCGACCAAACAUAGUAUCGCAAUGGAACCUAUGCCCAGCAGAGUCAGCAUAUAUUCACCCGAAGCUCUCAACAUGGUUGGACCCACUCUCCAUCGCUCUGGAGCCGUUUUCAAUCCUCCGUCCCUCGAUUUCAUGCCUCCCCUCACACUGUCUGCGCUUUCACUGGAUUUAAACGCCAUUUUUUACCCUUCUGAUGCGAACAUGGACGGAGACAGUUCGCCUAUUCAAAUGACAUCUCAAUCACCUUCAGAGACCACCCAUAUUUCAUUUGCUCUUCCUUCAGAUGCCACCGAACAUGCAGAACUCUCGCCCAUGGCGUCGACAUUCUUCCCUGUCCCAAGUGGCGAUCUCGUUAAUAACGCGGGCUCAACGAAUUUAUCACUUUGUAGCCGUGCAGAUUCUCCCGUUCUGCCUUCUCGUGAUGCAAGUCCGCUGGCUAUAGACUUUUCACUUUCACCUGGGUCUUCUCGGCCAUGGGCACCCACAUCGGCUGAUCUCGACGCUUUCGCGCAUGCUGCGACAGUAGCGGCUUUCUCAACGCAUUCAUCUUUCUCUUUUUCGACGUCAACGCGAUCCGAUAUCAAUGUUGAUUGCAACAGGGCACAAACCAAUUGCAGAACGUCCAAGGAACAAGUAUCGGCAGUAGAGUCUUGCGAGCCAAGUCUAGCGCUUGCAAUUUCCGCAUGUGCAAGUACGACAGUAGAUUUAGACCGGAAGCCUAAGUCAGACCACCAUGGCGCGAACCACGAGCGCAGCAAUCGCAGAGGAUCGGAAGACUCGCUAAUGGACAGAGAAGGGGAAUGUAUACCACUAGACGAAUUCUCGUGUCCUGGCACGCGUCUUGAAAAUCUCGCCCAAGGACAUAGCAUGAGUCCGGCAAUCGGCGCUGGAUCCAGUGCCGAAAUUCCUGUUGAGCUAAGUAUAGAUAGGCGGAUACCCACGAAGCUACCGGUGAUGGGGAAGAUGAAGAAGUUUGGCGGAAGAAUACUUGGUAUUUUUACAGGAGGACGGACUGGAAGUGGAAAGCGUACAGGAAGAAUGAGCUCACCCAUGGCAACGCGUGAAAGGGAGCUUGGUGGUAUCAAGACAACGACAACUACUGUUACUACAAACGUUGAGUAUAGAUCAAAAUACCCAACUUCUGCAUUGGAAUCACCAGUCAGGAAUUCGCACGUUUGGCGUCGAUCGUUAGCUCUCCCUACCCUGGUCUCAAAAUCUCCUUCGCACCUUCGAACGCCCAAACACUUUUCAUUCCUCUCGGCUGACUAUGUCGACGACAAUUCUGUAGAGCCUGCGCGCCUUCAAUCGGACAGGUGCAUUCAUCCGACAACCUCCAUAGAUGAACAUUAUAAGGCUGCAGGGGUCAUGCAGAGGUGUUUUAUGAGAAGCCGGACUCAGACAGCUCCUCCCGUCCAGACGCACCAGGAGGAAGGCGCGGAACGACCGGGAAGGCAAACGAGAAGGUUCUCUCUCUCUUCUGCUCUGUCCAAGUCAAAGCUUGAGGUGUUGAGAAACACGGUUGUGCCUCAUCCGCCUGUUCCCCCGUUUCCGCACUCAUCGACCAUUGAGCCAUUCGACGGGUUGAUGGAGGACAAGCCAGUCAGACCAAUUAGCAUGAUCGCUGGGUAUGGUCAGAAUAUAUAUGCGCGACGGGGAGAUGGAUCUAUUGAAUCCUUCGGGUACAUCACAUCGGCUGCUCAUACUGGGUCGGGCAGUCACAGAAGGCUAGCUAGGCCAUCGAGCACGCACGUUGGAAAUUCACGGGAUGUAUGGAACACUUUAUCACAAUUCCCGGAGAGGGAGGCGUUGGAGGAGAGCAGGCGGAUGCGUAGACCGAUGAGUCGUCCACCUAUAGGCAAGGAUCAAAGUACUCGACAGAGUCGAGAUGAGGCAGACGGUAUGCGUUCCACGAUGCGCGAGCCUUCUCCUAGACACAAUGAGACACUGAUAACAGAAGGACAUCGUGUAGAUGCGACAUAUUUGGCAAAGGAAGAUGGUGCCAUGCUCUCAUCUCCUUCAAGCGCCCUAUCCAACGGACCAUCGAGUCUGGGAGCCUCUCCACUUUCUCCGAAGAGCGCGCAAUCUGGCACACAAGUCCAGGGCGAUCGAGCGUUACGUCGGUUUUCUCUCACUUCAGCCAUAUCUCGACGGGCCAUGCGAGCGAGAAGUAUGAUUGUCUCCGUUGGUAGGCGCAGUGUCGAGCUUGAGUCCCGUUCUUCAGCGACAGGCAAGAUUGGAACGGGUCGUCGAACUCGUGGAAAUACCUUUAGCACCGUAGUGGAUGCUAGCGGCGUUCAUUUUGACAUGCUUACACCCGACGUCUCGUCAACCAUGCUGGCACCUGUGGUGCCGUCCAACUCCAUACCUUCACACUCAAGGGGCGGAGAAUAUGGGGAGCUCCAUGAAGAAAUGGGCAAACGUGACCUCCGCAGCGAGAUGCAGGAGACGAGCGGACAGCCAACCCCCGACUCCGAGUUGGACAGUAUGAGUUUUGCCUACACCGCGACACAUCAAGAGAGUCUCGUCAGCAUCGUUGGGCGCUAUCUUGACAUGCAACCCUCCAGCUUCGAGCCAGUAGCUCUUAACGAAGGUUACGACAGCACUUUUGAUGAAGAGUCAGAGGAUAUUGUACCGUUCACGAAUCAUAUGCAGCCAAGUCCUAGCUUCAGAAUCGGCCUUGGAACAGCUGCGGGAGUUGACGAAAAUGAACAAGAAAGUGUAGAAAGGGAGGAAGAUAGAGGUUUUCUACGGGCCUUAGGACUCGAGUUUGAUGAUAAUUCCUGCAACCCCUAG